AUGAACGUCAAUAAUAUAACAAAUACUACAGAUAAUGUAAAGCGACAGUUCGGUGGGGAUUUGGUGACGGCAGUUUAUGAAUUCGUUGGAGGUUUUCCACUCCAAGAAAUCACUAUAGGAUUCGACACUUCUUUCGAAAAUCAAUUCAUCGAAUAUUUAGUGAAAGUGAUACAACAAGGACAAAUUUCUAUAAUUACUUUCAAUCUUUCCAACCCUGACGUUCUGGAAAAGUAUUUUGAUUAUCUUUCUUAUCAAACAGAACAAUUUCUUGGUGCUUCUAGUUUAUUUUUUGGCCGUCAUCGCUUAUAUGAAUUAUUACUAAUAGAAAUCAACGAAAGGAAUUUGAUUCGAAGAAAUACAAUUUUUAUAUUUUAUUGGGGGAGAGGUACGUUUUCCCCAUUUUUCACUGAGAAUAUACCGUAUUCUAUGAAAGUUUACGCGAUAACAUUUCCUAGAAAUAAUACUUUCCGGUUAUACUAUAGUCAAGUGACCUCUAACAAAGAGCACGAUUUAGAAAUGAUAAACUGGUGGCAUCAGGAUGUCGGUAUUUUCCAUCAUCCUACACUGCCCAUCACAAAAUCAGUAUACCUGGAUUUCAAAGGAAGAGUUUUACAGGUUCCCGUUCUCCAUAAGCCACCGUGGCACUUUGUUCGACAUAUUGAAUCCAAAAAUAGUUCUUCGAAUGAAUCUUAUUUAGAAAACGAGAUUGAAGUAUUGGGAGGAAGAGACGAUAGAAUUUUGAAAUUAUUGGCCAAUAAACUGAAUUUUAGGUUCAAUUAUUUCGAUCCUCACGAGAAACUUCAAGAAACAUUGGAAACUGAAAACGGUUAUGUCAAAGGUGUUAUCGGAUUGAUAUCAACAAGAAAAGCUGAUUUAUUUAUUGGUGACGUCGAAUUGACUUUCGAACGAUUCAAAUACGUCGAAUUUUCCUUUAUAACUUUAGCGGACAGUGGAGCGUUCGUUACCCACGCUCCUAGACGUUUAAAUGAAGCUCUAGCACUUUUGCGACCCUUUCAGUGGAAGGUCUGGCCUGCAAUUGGUAUAACAGUUAUAGCGGUGGGACCCAUUUUGUAUCUACUAAUAGCUUUGCCUAAUCAAUGGCGACCGAGGUUUCGAGUCGAAUCGUAUCCGCGUUUGUUUUUCGACUGUACUUGGUUCACUAUAACGAUUCUUUUAAAACAAACCGGACGCGAACCGAAAUCAAACAAUAGAACAAGAUUUUUCAUAAUUUUGUUAUCGAUAUCGGCCACUUACGUCAUCAGCGAUAUGUAUUCGGCUAACUUAACCUCACUUUUAGCUAGACCUGGAAGAGAAAAAGCUAUUCACGAUUUGUACCAAUUAGAAGAAGCCAUGAUUUCGAGGGACUACAAACUUUUUAUCGAAAAACACAGCUCUUCGUACGGACUUCUAGAGAAUGGUACUGGUAUUUAUUCAAGAUUAUACGAUCUAAUGAUCAUUAAGCAAGGCUACAAUAACAUUUUGGUAGAUUCUGUCGAAGCGGGAGUGAAAUUAGUGAGAGAAUCAAAAAAUGUUGCUGUUAUGGGAGGGAGAGAAACCCUAUUUUUCGAUAUACAAAGAUUCGGGUCCAGUAACUUCCAUCUUAGCGGUAAAUUGAAUACUGCUUAUUCGGCGAUAGCCCUGCAAUUGGGUUGUCCUUAUAUCGAAGAAAUUAACAAAAUUUUAAUGACGAUAUUCGAAGCUGGUAUUAUAACAAAGAUGACGGAAAACGAAUACGAAAAACUUGGUAAAGGAAAAGACAUCUCGUCUUCUGAAAUAGCCGAAAACGUCGCCAAAGAUACUAAUAAAGAUUUAAAGAGACAAAUAAAAGCCGAAGAGGAAAAUGAACGAUUGAAACCAAUCAGUUUGAAAAUGUUACAAGGCGCUUUUUAUCUUCUGUGCUUCGGUAACGUGUUUUCUGGAAUAAUACUGAUUGGGGAAUUGAUUUUUUAUAAAAGAAGACGAAAUACAUGUCAAGAAUCGAUAUGA